AAAAGAAUGGCAAGUCCUCUACCUCCCUAUCCUAAAUCACGCACAGGGGAGAAGUUGCAUCAGUGUAUGGAAUGUGGGAAACAAUUUGAUUGGAAAAGUUCUCUUACUAGACAUGAACGGACCCACACAGGGGAGAAGCCCUAUAAAUGCAUGGAAUGUGGAGGAAGCUUCAGUUGGAGUGGCAGUCUACGUUCCCAUCAAAGGACCCACACAGGGGAGAAGCCACAUAAAUGCAUGGAAUGUGGAGAAAGCUUCAGUCACAGUGGCAGUCUACGUUCCCAUCAAAGGACCCACACAGGGGAGAAGCCCUAUAAAUGCAUGGAAUGUGGAAAGAGCUUCAGUCAGAGUGGCCAUCUACGUUCCCAUCAAAGGACCCACACGGGGGAGAAACCACAUAAAUGCUUGGAAUGUGGAGAAAGCUUCAGUCGCAGUGACAGCCUACGUUCCCAUCAAAGGAAGCACACAGGGGAGAAGCCCUAUAAAUGCAUGGAAUGUGGAAAGAGCUUCAGUCAGAGUGGCCAUCUACGUUCCCAUGAAAGGACCCACACAGGGGAGAAGCCAUAUAAAUGCAUGGAAUGUGGAGAAAGCUUCAGUUGGAGUGGCAGCCUACGUUCCCAUCAAAGGAAGCACACAGGGGAGAAGCUCUAUGAAUGCAUGGAAUGUGGGAAGAGCUUCAGUCAGAGUGGCCAUCUACGUUCCCAUCAAAGGACCCACACGGGGGAGAAGCCAUAUAAAUGCAUGGAAUGUGGAGAAAGCUUCAGUCACGGAAGUCUACGUUCCCAUCAAAGGAAGCACACAGGGGAGAAGCCACAUAAAUGCAUGGAAUGUGGAAAAAGUUUCAGUGAGAUUGGCAAUCUGCGUUCCCAUCAAAGGACCCACACAGGGGAGAAGCCACAUAAAUGCAUGGAAUGUGGACAAAGCUUCAGUCGGAGUGGACAUCUACGUUCCCAUGAAAGGACCCACACAGGGGAGAAGCCAUAUAAAUGCAUGGAAUGUGGAGAAAGCUUCAGUUGGAGUGGCAGCCUACGUUCCCAUCAAAGGAAGCACACAGAGGAGAAGCCAUAUAAAUGCAUGGAAUGUGGAGAAAGCUUCAGUUGGAGUGACAGCCUACGUUCCCAUCAAAGGAAGCACACAGGGGAGAAGCCCUAUAAAUGCAUGGAAUGUGGAGAAAGCUUCUGUCAGAGAAGCAGUCUAUGUUCCCAUAAAAUGACCCACACGGGGGAGAAGCCCUAUAAAUGCAUGGAAUGUGGAGAAAGCUUCCGUCGGAGUGACAGUCUACGUUCCCAUCAAAGGAAGCACACAGGAGAGAAGCCAUAUGAAUGCAUGGAAUGUGGAAAGAGCUUCUGUUGGAGUGGCAGUCUACAUUCCCAUCAAAAGACUCACAGGGGAGAUGCCAUAUAAAUGCAUAGAAUUUGGAGAAGGCUUCAGUCAGAGUGACCAUCUGCAUUUCCAUCAAAGGACCCACACAGGGGAGAAGCCAUAUAAAUGUACCGAAUGUGAAAAGAGCUUUAGAAAAAGUUCAGCAUACAGUAGACAUCACAGAACUCA